CGGCACAGCUGUCUCCGCCUCCCCAGGUCCCGGACUUCGCCGCCGCCGAGACAAGACAAGGUCGCCCGCCCCGACGGAGCUGGCCAGGGGCUGAUCCGAGCCCGCGCCUGACUUCCCAAGCCGACCUUCGGCAGCCGGCGGCACCCGUGCGCCCGGCCCCGCCGCCCCCCGGUCCCGCCGCCCCCCGGCCCCCUCGGGCCGGGCGGCCCAGCGAUGUUUCCCAAGGAGACGGCGUGGAACAUCUCGUUCGCCGGCUGCGGCUUCCUGGGCGUCUACCACAUUGGCGUGGCCAGCUGCCUUCGCGAGCACGCCCCCUUCCUGGUGGCCAAUGCCCGCCGCAUCUACGGCGCGUCCGCCGGGGCGCUGACCGCCACCGCGCUGGUCACCGGCGCCUGCCUGGGCGAGGCUGGUGCCAACAUCAUCGAGGUGUCCAAGGAGGCAAGGAAGCGAUUUCUGGGCCCUCUGCACCCCUCUUUCAACCUGGUGAAGAUCAUUCGUGGCUGCCUGCUGAAGACCCUGCCAGCUGAUGCCCAUGAGCAUGCCAAUGGGCGCCUGGGCAUCUCCCUAACCCGUGUGUCAGAUGGUGAGAACGUGCUCCUGUCCCAUUUCAACUCUAAGGAGGAGCUUAUCCAGGCCAACGUCUGCAGUACCUUCAUCCCGGUGUAUUGUGGCCUCAUCCCACCGACCCUGCAGGGCGUGCGCUAUGUGGAUGGCGGCAUUUCGGACAACCUGCCCCUCUAUGAGCUAAAGAACACCAUCACCGUAUCCCCGUUCUCUGGGGAGAGUGACAUCUGUCCCCAGGACAGCUCCAGCAACAUCCAUGAGCUGCGGGUCACCAACACCAGCAUCCAGUUCAACCUUCGGAACCUGUACCGGCUCUCCAAGGCCCUCUUCCCCCCAGAGCCCCUGGUGCUGAGGGAGAUGUGCAAACAGGGUUACAGGGACGGUCUUCGCUUUCUGCGGCGGAAUGGUCUCCUGAACCAACCGAAUCCCCUGCUGGCACUGCCCCCUUCUGGGAAGGCCCCAGCCCCAGAGGAGGAAGAAGGCAAGCCAGGGGCGGCUCAGGUGGCAGAGGAGCGAGCCCAAGCCAGGCAGGACCAGCUGGCCCUGGGGAGUAGAGACCCCAUGGAAGAACAUAUUCUGGAACACCUACCAGCAAGGCUCAAUGAAGCCCUGCUGGAGGCCUGUGUGGAGCCCAAAGACUUCAUGAGCACCCUCUCCAACAUGCUCCCUGUCCGACUGGCCACAGCCAUGAUGGUGCCCUACACCCUGCCGCUGGAAAGCGCUGUGUCCUUUACCAUCAGGUUACUGGAGUGGCUCCCUGAUGUUCCAGAGGACAUUAGGUGGAUGAAGGAGCAGACAGGAAGCAUCUGUCAGUACCUGGUGAUGAGAGCCAAGAGGAAGCUGGGCAGCCACCUUUCUACAAGGUUCACUGACCCCCUGGAGCUGCGGCGGGCACAGUCUCUGCCCUCAGUACCCCAGUCUCUUUAUGGAGAUGCCUUGCCCCGAUGGAUGCGGAACAACUUGUCACUGGGGGAUGCUGUGGCCAAAUGGGAGGAGUACCAACGUCAACUUCUGCUGGGUCUCUUUUGUACCAAUGUGGCCUUUCCCCCAGAUGCCCUUCGGAUGAAGACGCCUCCCUCUGGGCCCCCUGCCCUCCCGCCCCACUGAGAGCCCCUGGGGCUCCCCCUGCACCCCUCCCCCCCACUGAGAGCCCCUGGGGCUCCCCCGGCACCCCUCCCCCCCACUGAGAGCCCCUGGGGCUCCCCUGGCACCCCUCCCCCCCACUGAGAGCCCCUGGGGCUCCCCCUGCACCCCUCCCCCACUUGCACUCAGUACCAAGGUUCCCCUUUGCUGAGGGCCUGGGUCUCUCCUAGGGAGGGAGAAGAAAUCUCCCUCAGGUAAUGCUUGUGUGUUCUGGGCCUAGGCCCCAGGCUCGGUGCUUCUAGAAGGGGAGGGGCCAGCAGGCCCCUAGGGGUAGUAGGUUUGGCUGAAAGCCUGUGGGGAUGGGCUGGGCCUAUCUGAGGAGGGGAGGACCCUCCCCACCAGUCCUGGCCCUUCCCCCCAGGGCUUCAGCUCUAGCUGGGGAGUCUUCCCUGCCCAAAGUGGGCUGAGUCCAGGUGAGGGCUGCUAGGAGCAGGAAUCACUGGGUGGGGGCCGUGCCUUAUUUUCCCUGCCUUCACCCCUAGGCCCCCGACAGCUUUGGGGAGCUUUAGACCCUCUGAGUGCCUGGUGUCUGGCCCUGCCUGUGGAGUGGUGGCCGGACCUGGGAAGGAAUGCUCAGACUGGUAUUGGGGGUUGGGGUGAAUAUAUGGCCACCCCCCCAGGAGCAGUAUUACCCCUGCUUGUGCCUCCUCGCAUUUUACUGAAGAAUGUACGCAGAACUAUUUAUUUUGGUGAAAAUAGAUGUCGUAAUAAAGGCUGGAGCUCAGA